CUUAAUUCAGUCGACACGUUUCAUUGUGAUAUUAAUUUAACAAGGGAUAAUUAAUGAUUAUCUAAAAUUGUGACGUCACAUAUCGAAGGUCAUAUAUAAACAAGUGUAAAACAAAAUACAAGAUGGUAAUUUUGAUGAUAUGGAUUGGCGUGCUUUUAGCAGCCCUUGCUUUGUACUUCCGCCAGAUAUACUCCAAGUUUAGUAAGCAUGGAGUGAAACAUAUGAGAAUUGUGCCAAUGUUUGGAAAUAUGUUCAGGGUUCUUUUCCGUAGAGAAACUUUGGCUGACGAUUUGGACAGACUCUACUAUACUUUCACAAAAGAAAGAUUCGUUGGGAAGUAUGAAUUUAUUACACCUACGUUAAUAAUAAGAGAUCUUGAGUUAGUGAAAAAGAUCACUGUCAAAGAUUUUGAAUAUUUUCUUGACCAUCGAGGUUUUCUAGAUGAAAAAGUUGAACCUAUAUUCGGCAGAAAUAUAUUCGUCUUGAAAGGUCAAGAAUGGAAAGACAUGCGUUCGAUGCUAAGUCCAGCAUUUACGAGUUCAAAGAUCAAACUGAUGAUACCAUUCAUGGAAGAAGUGGGCAAGCAAAUGAUUGAGGCUGUCAAGAAAAAAAUAAACGAAUCUGAUACUGGUGCCAUUGACGUCGACUGUAAGGACUUAACUACGCGUUAUUCUAACGAUGUAAUCGCAUCUUGUGCAUUUGGACUUAAAGUAGAUUCAUUUACCGAUGAAAAAAAUAAGUUUUACGAGAUGGGAAAAAUCAUUUCAACUUUAAAGAUCCGGCAAAUAUUAUUAUUCUUUCUUAUUGCAGCAUUUCCUUCCCUUUCAAAGAAAUUGAAAUUAACAAUAUUUUCAAAAAAAACUACAGACUUCUUUAAAGAUUUGGUACUCAGCACAAUGAGGGACAGGAAAGAACGUAAUAUCGUCAGACCGGAUGUAAUCCAUCUUCUAAUGGAAGCUAAGGAAGGACAAUUAGUACAUGAUGAUAAGGAACAAAACGCGAAUCAACAAGACACUGGUUUCGCCACCGUCGAGGAAUCGUUUAUUGGCAAGAAAACAAAUAACAGAGUUUGGUCCGAGAUCGAUCUCGUCGCUCAAGCAGUACUAUUCUUCCUGGCUGGUUUCGACACGAUAUCAACAGCAAUGUCGUUCGCACUACACGAGCUGGCCAUCCAUCCUGAAAUACAGGAACGCCUGGUACAAGAGAUUAAGAAUCAUGAUAUAAAAAAUGGUGGGAAGCUGGACUUCGCUUCAAUCCAGAGCUUAAGAUACUUAGACAUGGUGACAUCAGAAGUACUUCGACUAUGGCCUCCUGGUUAUGGUUUAGAUAGAAUUUGCGUAAAAGACUACAACAUGGGAAAACCGAACUGUGAUGCCAAAAAUGACUUUAUCGUAAGAAAAGGUGAAUUAAUUAUGAUACCAACGUGGUGCUUCCACCAUGAUCCAAAACUUUUUCCUGAUCCCAUGAAGUUUGAUCCUGAACGUUUUUCCGAUGAAAAUAAGCAUAAUAUUGAUCCUACAGCAUACAUGCCUUUCGGUCUUGGACCGAGAAACUGUAUCGCUUCAAGAUUCGCCCUGUGUGAGCUGAAAGUUCUUCUUUACCAAAUUAUGCUCCAUAUAGAAAUUGCACCGUCGGUCAAGACAUGUCUACCCGCAAAGCUAUCAACCGAGUCCUUUAACCCUCGCCUUGUAGGCGGUUACUGGUUAAAAUUUAAAAUUCGUAGUUAAAUACAUAAGCCAUUAGAAAUAAUAAUGCACACCCUUUAUUUUGACGUGGUAACUAAAUAUCCUCGGAUUAAGAUUACCUUCUUGAUUAAGCAGUGUAUAUUGGUAGGAUAACAAGGCGCAAAACCAAAAAAAAAUAAUUUACCAUAGAUUCGGAAAUAGAAACAAUUUGUAGAACAAGUAAAAGAUAGUUAGUGUUUUUCUUUAGGCUUAUAGCCUUUUGUAUUAUAUGAAAUAGGCGAUAAUGACAUUCCUGAAGUUUGUUUUUGUGUAAACUGAUCUUAUGCGAAUAAAGUUUGUAUUUACAUUU